UUUUCAUUUUGAGCGUGCUCGCGCGCAUGCUCGCCUUGAGCUGUUGAACUGAACUUGGUCUUUCCUUUUUUACAAGAACUUUCUUCUAACCUGCAGUGAAUUUUGUGAUGUCCUCUCAGUUUGAUAGGGAACCUAGGCAAGGCCCGAACGGAUGGGGCCCUGACAGUGAGGGUCAGAAUGGUGACCAGGAUCGUGAUGCCGAUCGUGGUGCGUCCGCACCAGAGGGCAGCAAUAAUGGUGACCAGCAAGGUCCUCCUGGAAUGCUGCCUGAUGGAACGAUUGAGUCUAACUGGAGUGAAGUGAUUUCGAACUUCGAUGACAUGACCCUCAAGGAGGAUCUGCUCAGAGGAAUUUACGGAUACGGUUUUGAGAAGCCUUCUGCCAUCCAGCAGCGCGCAAUUGUACCAUGCGUUCGUGGCCUGGACGUCAUUGCUCAGGCCCAGUCUGGUACUGGUAAGACUGCGACAUUCGCUAUUGCUAUCCUCCAACAGAUUGACCUUUCACUACGUGAGUGUCAGGCUCUGGUUCUUGCACCAACCCGCGAGUUGGCUCAACAGAUCCAGAAGGUCAUCAACUCCCUUGGUGAUUACAUGCAAGUUGCCACUCAUGCUUGCAUUGGAGGAACAAAUGUCCGUGAUGGUAUGCGAUCCCUUGAAACUGGAGUCCACAUUGUCGUAGGAACUCCAGGACGUGUCUAUGACAUGAUUCAGCGUCGCGCUCUGAAUGUGAACAGCAUCAAGCAGUUCGUUCUUGACGAAGCCGAUGAGAUGUUGUCGCGUGGUUUCAAGGACCAGAUCUAUGACGUUUUCCGUCUCCUUCCCACAGCUCACCUGCAGGUAAUCCUCCUCUCUGCCACCAUGCCCACUGAUGUCCUUGAUGUCACUCAGCGUUUCAUGCGUGACCCGGUGCGCAUUCUGGUCAAGCAGGAGGAGCUAACCUUGGAUGGUAUCAAGCAAUUCUAUGUGAAUGUUGAGCGUGAGGAUUGGAAGCUUGAGACUCUUUGCGACUUGUACGAGACCCUCACCAUCACCCAGGCUGUCAUCUUCUGCAAUACCCGCAGAAAGGUCGACUGGCUCACACAGAAGAUGCACUCGCGCGACUUUACUGUCUCGUCCAUGCACGGAGACAUGCAGCAGCAGGAGCGUGAUGUCAUCAUGAGAGAGUUCCGCUCCGGUUCAUCUCGUGUCCUGAUCACCACUGAUCUUCUGGCCCGUGGUAUUGAUGUCCAGCAAGUGUCUCUGGUCAUCAACUAUGAUCUCCCCACCAAUCGCGAGAACUACAUCCACAGAAUCGGUCGUGGUGGUCGUUUCGGACGUAAGGGUGUUGCCAUCAACUUUGUGACCACUGAGGAUGUGCGCACUCUGCGUGAUAUUGAGACCUUCUAUGGAACCAGCGUUGAUGAGAUGCCUCUCAAUGUCGCAGACUUGAUCUAAAUGGUUCCUUCUGGGCUACACAGCGGCACCACCCACGCGCACCAUCCAUUCCCAGCAUCAUCAUGCUUGUACAGUCGAGUCUAUGUGACUCACUCUUGUUAACGGUAUUAGUUGCAUACUGUGGCUGUGUAACAUAUCUCAUUCAUGAUAUUGAGUGCGUUAUUCCGAGAAUGCAUCCGUCUUCCUUCUUCCAUCUAAACCUCGCCUUCAUCUAGACGUUCCAGUUCUUCUAACAUUUUUUUCUUUUUUUACAUGGUGUUAAUUUUUCACCUACUGCCUUCAAUUUCUUAGCACCAUGGAACAUUGGUGUGGGAAUGUGAAGUGAAAGUGCCUUCAUCUGCGCUACUAUGAUUGUGCCCAUCGAGCGCAUCAAAGACUUUGUAAAUAAGAUCAACUACGCUGAAAUACUUGGUUUGUGUUGGUUUUGCGGAUCAAAACCGGACAGGUUGUUGUUGCUGUGUGUUUGUGUGCAUCACCCUAAUCCUCACCAUCAUUUCUGUGUACGUACGUGUGACUCUGUCCUCGGUUUUGUUCCAUCCUUUGUACUUCAUCCACAUCUUGUACGGUUCUCUGCUUUUUCUUUUGCUGUUUUGAUGAUGACGCGUGCUGGGUAUCAGUGCCGUGCCCUGGAACUUUCAGCAAAUUGUGGCCAUGUGAUGGCACUUUUUGUUCAACUCAGGUGUACGCAACAUUCAUGGAUGGUUUGCACCAUGCCAUUGCAUUACUGCUUCAGGUUGUGCCAAAA